GAUUCUUUCGGUUCGCUGCAGUCAGUUGUCAGUCAGGGGGCGCCGAGGACACUGGUAGCCUACUUAAAACAUUAUCGUUGGUUCAACCGGCAAUGGUGGCUGGGUGAAAAAGACGACACUUUCAACCUCUUCGAUUCAAGACUCCAACACUGAUAUUUAAACAUCAAAAGAAUUAUGGACGAAUUAAAACACCAGGUCAUGAUUAAUCAGUUUGUUCUGACUGCUGGUUGUGCGGCAGACCAGGCAAAGCAGCUUUUACAAGCGGCACACUGGCAGUUCGAGACUGCUCUCAGCACAUUCUUUCAAGAAACGAAUAUACCGUACAACCACCAUCAAAUGAUGUGCACUCCAACAAACACGCCUGCGACGCCACCCAACUUCCCGGACGCGCUCGCCAUGUUCUCGCGCCUCAAGGCCUCCGAGAGCUACUCCGCGGGCAGCCCCCGGGGGUCAAUGGCGACCUCCCCGCCUCCUCAGGUCAACUGGGCCAUGAGCCCCCCAGCCUCCAGCCCGCAGGACCUGUGGACCGCCCCCUCCCAGACGGCCCCGCUGGGCUGGCCUGCAGCCGUCGCCCAGCAAGCCUCUCCGGAGCAGAUGGCCACCAUGGCCAUGGAGGCCGAGAGAUGAGGGCCUGCAGCAGGAGGCCACACACUACUGGGAGGAUGGUCCUCUUCGUGGUGUGGGCGAGGGCCAGCGCUGGGAUGGAGAUCUUUGCCAUGUGGAUAAGCACUGAAGAGGAAUGGGAACAGUAUACGACGAAAAGGGUGGGGUGGGGUGGGGUGGGGUGGGGUGGGGUAAACCUGCAGGGUUGAUGGGACAAACACAGGGUGCCUCAAUGCAUAGAAGAACAUUUUUUAAAUUUUUUUUUUUUUUUAAUUUUAAAGAUUUUUUUUUUUCCCAUAGUAUGAAAAUGGAGAACAACACAAAGAAACAUAAUGGACUUGAUGACGUUCUCAUGGUGGACUCCUCUGCCAUAUGAACGUGUGCUCUUGCACUGUUGUCUUCUCAGUUCUCUUCCACUACUGUGUGCACUGCGUUAGAACAGGGUGUUUCCUCAGCUUUUUAAGUUUGGACAUGUUUUCAAAGUGAAAUCAUGCGCUGUGUGUGUGUGUGUGUGUGUGUGUGUGUGUGUGUGUGUAUGUGUGUGUCUGUGUGUGUCUGUGUGUGUGUGUCAGUGUGUGUCAGUGUGUGGUGUCAUUCAUCAUCAUCCACAUGAACAUAUCUUCAGUUGCAAUGAUUCAUCGGGCCUAGUUUUCCUCUGAAGCCCCGUCACCCAAAAAAUUCCUAUGCUAUCAGCAAGAUUGGCUUUUCUUAUGAAUUGAUCAGAAACCCCAGAGCUACUGUAAGGACUCAAAUAAUACUGGGCCUUGUUUAGUUUAUGAGUUAAGGUGGUUUGUAUUAAUGAUCUUUUUAUAGCAACAAGAAAGCAAAAGGUUAAGAUGAAUAUUAUUUGUAGCACUGUCUUGAUGCAGUGGUCGAGCACUGAUGGUUCUGAUGUAAUUUGCAGUUUGCAUUUCUUCAUUUUUCACAUUUGUAAAGGCAGAUUAGCAGUUGACAACUUUGUAUGACCAUUGAAACCACUUUCCACAAUAUUUGUGGAUGGCCUUCAUUAAUUUAUCAAUGUUCUGUUUGUGACAAUAAACAUGGUAUACAUUAA